AUGAGUCUUGGGGACCCUUUCGACCUUUCACGUUACGUAACAAGAAAGUAUGCGAAAGAAGACGUAGAGUUUCAGGAGUUCUGCGGGGAAUUGUUGAGAACUUUGCAAGAAAAUGGCGCUGCUCUGGUUUACGAUCCCAGAUAUACUCGUAAACAACACUUCAAAUGCAUCAAUCUGAUGGAGGAUUUCUUCGCGGUUCAUCCAAAUUUUGCUCAAGAAAGUCAUCCACAGCUUCGUAUUCCAGUUGAUUUCAGUGAAACCGAGGUAUCAGAAACUCCAUUGGAGUACCUUCCAACCCCAGGUCUACCUGCAUUGCCUUCCGAGUUCCAUUGGAGCAUCGGAAUGAGGCCUACUGUUACUCAGUUUCCGAUACUAAAUCAAAAAUGGCAAAACGUUCCACAUAGUUUUUCUCCCAGCAAUUGGAAAGACAAGUUUGACGGAUGCGGCGAUAAACUCUUGGACACUUUACGGUUGGUAGCCGAAUUACUUGCAUUUGGAUAUCGUCUGCCCCGGGAUACUUUCUCAUCUUUUAUUCAUAUGGGUCCGCACUUUUUGGUUGCAAGUGGACUUGAUUUGCGCGAUUUGGGCGAUGAAGGAACUCUCUUGAGUCCAUGCCAGUGUGACUCAACCUUCCUCAGCAUACAAGCAGGAAAUAUGUUUCCUGGUCUCAACAUGUGGGCAAAGAGUGGUCGGAAAGUUGAAGUGGCAAUUCCGGAUGGAUGUCUUCUGGUUCAAACAGGAAAGCAGAUAGAGUGGAUGACAGCGGGAAGUUGCAAGGCUUCAAGAUAUGAAAGAGUUCUAUCCAAGAAGGUUAUUGAUGCUAUUAACCUCGCAAGAACUCAGGAUCGCAAAUUGUGGUCAGUUUCUUCAAAGUUGUAUGCUCAAGUAGCUACUGAUGUUCUUUUGAAGCCUGUGGCGUCUUUUGCUGGAUCGGCGGAUGCAAAGAACUAUCCUGCCAUACUUGCAGGAGAAGUUCAGUGGUGAUCCAUACACCAUUGAUCCUAUGAUGAUACAUAUACACUAUUCAUCAUAUCUUGAUAUACUGUAGAUAUUUGGUUGCGAUCGUGUUGAUAUACAGAGGAUAUAUUGUAGAUAUAUAUGAUGAUAUACUGUACAUAUUUGAUAGCGCUUCUAUGCUCAUAUAUAGGAUCUUACAUAUAAAUCUUUGGUUGUGUUUUUUAAAUCUCCUUGCUGUAAAUUUACACAUGUUUCCUCAUAUCCUCCUAAG